AUGUCUCAUCAACAAAUAAUCAUAAGAGAGAUUGGUACGUUGUGUCCUGAGGGGCUUGAGAUACAGAAAGUCAUAGGUUUAAAACUGGAGGGGAACUUGGAGGCCAAAGAUUCCAACUGCCUCAUUUUACAGAUGAGGCAGAUGGAGGCAACCCAGCGCAGCAUCUCUUGGGACUUUUUGGGUGCACCCGGCAGUCACAUGAAGGCCGUUAAAAUAGAGCUAGUGAAAGUGACAUCCCAUGAAAUUGGUGUGGGGAAAACAUAUGUGUCCACCAGGCGUGCAGUCACGCAGAAUACUCCAGAGCCAGCUGGCUUCCAUCCUCACCAUCAUAUCCACCACCACCGCCGCCACCACCACCACCAACAACACCACCAUCACCACCACCGCCAUCACUCCCUCCCUCACCUCCUUCACCAUCAGGAGGCGGUGUUGCACGAGGCACCGCUUCCCCUCUGCAUCUGCCCUUUAUUCUCCUGUCAAUGGGAAGGCCAGCUGGAGGUGGUAUUGUCCCACCUGAGGCAAAGCCACAGAAUCGACAUCCUCCAGGGAGCAGAGAUAGUCUUCCUGGCCACGGACACGAACCUCCCAGCACCAGCUGACUGGAUCAUUAUGCACUCCUGCCUGGGCCACCACUUCCUGCUGGUCCUGAGGAAACAAGAGAAGUAUGAGGGCCACCCACAGUUCUUCGCCACCAUGAUGCUGAUUGGAACCCCAACUCAGGCCGACUGCUUCACCUACCGCCUGGAGCUCAACAGGAACCAAAGGCGCCUCAAGUGGGAGGCCACCCCCAGAUCAGUCCUGGAGUGUGUGGACUCCAUCAUCACUGAUGGCGACUGCCUGGUACUGAAUACCUCCCUGGCCCAGCUCUUCUCUGACAAUGGCAGUCUGGCAAUUGGGAUUGCAAUCUCAGCAAGCAAGGUCCAUGCCCCUGAAGUUGAGAUCUAAAGGACAGAGACACAGACACACACCUCCUGCCUCCAAGAACAGCAAACCAUUGGCUGUGUCUCCAUGGUUUCUGGAUGUCAAGACUCUGGACUUUUUUCUUCUUUUUUUGGUCUCAGGUCUUUUGUGGUUUUUAGUAUUUGUCUGCCAUGGGCGUUAUGUUAUG